GAAGACACAAUGCACGUAAGCCAAAACGCCACCAAUUGCUGUGCAAGCAGCGGCCAGUCGAUUCACCGACGACGUGGGCCUCGCGUUCUGGGCGUGGCAGAUUCAUCGAAUACCAACAAAGCUCAGCCUGUGACUGCUGCCUGCCCGGAACGGAGCUCGGGCGCUGCGCAAACUGCGUCCGCGUCGAGGAGGGCGAUGGUGCUGUCCCAGCUUGCUGCCACCGUGCUUCCGCGUGGCGUUGGCGCUUCAGGCAAGGUUGCAACCCGGCUUUCUGCGGGCCUCGCGAGCGUCGCGCCUAGCAAGAUGGCUGUCGCUGCGGAGACCAACACUCAGGAGCUCAUCGAUAAGCUGAACGCAGCUUACGAGAAGGCCCACCUUAACUACGAGGACAACUUCUGGGCUACCAAGAUGGCGCUCAAGGGCAACAGCAGCGACGCGCUGGCUGCCAGCAAGACCGCCUACGAGACCUUCCUGGGCGAUCCCGUGAACCUGCGGGCGGUGCGGCAGGCGCUGGAGGCUGCCAAGGCCGGCAAGGAGCAGCUCAGCGAGCAGCAGGAAAAGGUCCUGCGCAUCAUGGAGCGCACCUUUGGCUGCUACAUCCUGGAGGACCCGGCGGCGGCCGCGCUCAAGGAGAAGAUCAACAGCCUGGAGGCGGGCCUGUCGCAGUCGCGCAACACCAUGUCCCUGGGCUACACCGACCCGGCCAGCGGCGAGUUCCGCAAGGCCAGCUCCGUGCAGCUGCGCAACACCAUGCGCGUCAGCGACGACGAGGCCACACGCAAGGCCUGCUACGAGGGCGUGCGCGGCAUCGGCCCCUUCGUGUCGGAGCAGUUUGUGGAGAUUGUGAAGCAGCGCAACAAGCUGGCGCGGCUGCUGGGCUUUGAGGACUUCUACGACUACAAGGUGACAGCCGCCGAGGGCUUUGGCAAGACGCGGCUGUUUGAGAUCCUGGACGACCUGGAGGCCAAGACGCGGCCCAUCAUGGCGGCGGCCCGGCAGCGCCUGGCACAGGACAAGGGCGCCGCCGCGCUGGAGCCCUGGAACAUGAGCUACGCGCUGGCGGGCGACACCGAGAAGGCUCAGGACCCGUACUUCCCCUUCGAGCAGGCGGUGGACGUGUGGGCGCGCACCUUUGGCGCCCUGGGCAUCGAGUACAGCGGCGCAACCAUGACGCUGGACCUGUGCGACCGCGACGGCAAGUACAGCAACGGCUUCUGCCACUGGCCCCAGGUGGCCUGGCGCAAGCCCGACGGCGCCUUCGUGCCCUCCAGGGCCAACUUCACCUCCCUGGCCACGCCCAGCCAGGUGGGCAGCGGCAAGACGGCGCUGGUGACGCUGCUGCACGAGGGCGGCCACGCAGCGCACUUCGCCAACAUCGACCAGCCCUCGCCCUUCUUCAGCCAGGAGCGCGCGCCCACCAGUGUGGCCUAUGCCGAGACUCAGUCCAUGUUCCUGGACGCCUUCGCACACGACGCCGCAUGGCUGGGCCGCUACGCUCUGAGCCGCGGUGGCGAGGUGAUGCCUUGGAACAUUAUCGCCGACGGCUACGCCGCCACCCAGCCCUACGACGUCUUCGCCCUGCGCGCCAUGAUCGCGGUGCCCUACUUCGAGAAGGCCCUGUACGAGCUGCCUGAGGCCGAGCUGACCCCGGAGCGGCUGCUAGCGCUGGCGGACGAGGUGGAGACACACGUGCAGGGCGGCCUGUCGCCACGGCCGCUGCUGUCUGUGCCGCACCCGCUGUCGGACGAGUCUUCCUGCUACUACCACGGAUACGUGUUGGCCGAGAUGGCGGUGCGCCAGACCCGCGCCUUCUUCAAAUCCAAGUACGGCAAGCUGGUGGACAACCCGGCCAUCGGCAAGGAGCUGUGUGAGGGCUACUGGCGGCCCGGCAACGGCGCCAUGUUCCUGGACCUGGUGGAGCGGCUCACCGCCAAGCCGCUGGCGGCGGACGACUGGGUGCACGACCUGGAGCGGCCGCUGGAGGCGGUGCUGCGCGAGGAGGAGGCGGACUACAAGGAGGCGGUGGCGGCGGGUCCGGCAAUCAAGCACGGCCAGCCCGUGGACCUCAAGAUGCGCGUGCGCCUGGUGCACGGAGACGAGGUGAUUGCGGACAGCGAGACGGACGGCGGCCUGGCGGGCGCCUGCGACAAGUUCAAGGCCUGGGUGGACAAGACCUACCUCGCCGAGCAGCCCAAGAGCGCGUGAGGAGCGGCGCGUGGCUGGUGAAAGGCGAGAGCAGGGGGUGGGUGUUGAGGAUGAGGCAAGGGAAGGGGGUGACGUGGUGAGGGUUGCAUAACCCGGAGAUGUUGGUGUUGGUGUUGGUGUGUUGGAGUGGCGGUGUCGGUGCGUCUGUGUUGUGCAGAGGGGUUCCUAGAUCCUAAGCAGCACGCUUCAGGUGGUGGGAUGUCGGGGAAGAGGGGGGCCGGGGCAGCUGCGGCGGCAACUGGGCCGUUACGCUGUUUGGGUGAGGUGUAAAUACCAGCCCAAGCGAAGCGAGGAUGGGGGGCGGGGGCAGUCAACUGCUGGCCCAAAUUUUGUUGGGGUGGAUCCGGGACGGCAAGUAUGGCACGGAAACAUCACAGAAUGCAAUUGCAGGAGCGGACACGGUGUAGCGCAAGUUGGUUGCUCCGUGGUACUGUUGAGGUGGUUGCGGCUUGGGGAUGGCCAUGCUGUGCGGAUACGUUUUGUUGUACUGCAGGCAAGCUCUUGCCGUUGUAGCAGGCACACGCAUGCGAUGUUUGGCAGCUGGUGAUGCUAUGAGGGCGGCCCGGUUGAGGUCAUGUUACGACUGUGCCAUCCAAGGUGCCAUCUGGCGCUGCACGCAGAGGUUUCUGAAGUUCAAGUUUCUGUCUGCCGUCCGGCAUCGGCACACGUUGUCAAUGGCUGUCAGGUCCACUGGUCACUGCUU